UUCUACAAUGAACUUUAAGCCACACCAAACAAAAUCAUAUUUCUUUCUCUUUGUAACAAACUCUCUUUUUCUCUGUGUAAUACACAGUGACGUGAUAAAAAAAAAAUUGUUAAUUUGUAAAGGAAAUUAAAGAACCAUGCCUGAGGCACCACAAGCAGCUGAAAAUAGUGUUGUUUCUGAAAACAACAAGAAAGUUCUUCAGUUUAUUGAAGAAGUAACCACAAAUGCUGAUGAUGUCCAAAAAAGAGUUCUUGCUGAAAUACUCACACAAAAUGGCCAUGUUGAGUAUUUGCAACGCCAUGGCCUUAAUGGUCAUACUGAUAGAGAAACUUUCAAGAAAAUCAUGCCAGCUAUAACCUAUGAGGAUAUUGUUACUGAUAUUACUCGUAUAGCCAAUGGUGAUAAAUCUCAAAUCCUCUGCUCUCAACCCAUCUCUGAAUUUUUAACAAGUUCAGGGACUAGUGGAGGGGAAAGAAAACUGAUGCCAACAAUUGAGGAAGAACUUGCAAGGAGAUCACAACUCUAUAGUCUUUUAAUGCCUGUUAUGAGUCAAUUUGUGCCAGACCUUGAAAAAGGAAAAGGAAUGUAUUUUUUGUUCAUUAAAUCAGAGGCUACGACACCAGGUGGAUUACCAGCUCGCCCUGUACUAACAAGUUAUUAUAAAAGCCCCCAUUUCAAAAACAGGCGUCCUGAUCCAUACACAAAUUACACAAGCCCAAAUGAAACAAUUCUUUGUUCUGAUUCUUACCAAAGUAUGUAUUCCCAAAUGCUUUCUGGCCUUUGCCAAAACAAAGAAGUACUUCGUGUUGGGGCCGUUUUUGCCUCCGGUUUUAUCCGUGCUAUUCGCUUCCUCGAGAAGCACUGGCCUCUUCUUUGUCAUGAUAUCAGAACCGGAACCAUUAACAACCAAAUUACCGACCCCUCGGUUAGAGAAUCAGUGUUUAAAAUCCUUAAACCUGACCCAAAGUUAGCUGAUUUUGUUGAAAUUGAAUGCAGUAAAGAUUCUUGGAAAGGGAUUAUUACUAGGCUGUGGCCUAAUACUAAGUAUAUUGAUGUCAUUGUGACUGGAACUAUGUCACAAUAUAUACCCACUCUUGAUUAUUACAGCAAUGGCCUUCCACUUGUCUGCACUAUGUAUGCUUCCUCAGAGUGCUACUUUGGUGUCAAUUUGAACCCCCUUUGCAAGCCUAGUGAGGUUGCUUAUACACUUAUUCCUACCAUGGGGUACUUUGAAUUCUUGCCUGUUCACAGAAACAAUGGUGUCACUAAUUCUAUCUCCAUGCCUAAAGCACUUAAUGAGAAAGAGCAGCAAGAAUUGGUUGAUUUAGUUGAUGUCAAGAUUGGUCAGGAGUAUGAGCUUGUUGUCACCACAUAUGCAGGACUAUACAGGUACAGGGUGGGUGAUGUGCUACGGGUUGCUGGAUUCAAGAACAACGCGCCACAAUUCAACUUUAUCUGCCGUAAAAAUGUGGUCUUAAGCAUUGAUGCAGACAAGACGGAUGAAGUAGAGCUACAAAAUGCUGUGAAAAAUGCUGUUACCCAUCUGAUGCCAUUUGAUGCACAUGUGACAGAAUACACAAGCUAUGCUGAUACAAACACAAUUCCAGGGCACUAUGUCCUAUACUGGGAGCUAAAUGUGAAUGGCUCAACACCAGUUCCUCCAUCAGUCUUUGAAGAUUGUUGCCUCACAAUUGAAGAGUCUCUAAACAGUGUUUACCGCCAGGGCCGGGCCUCGGACAAGUCCAUCGGCCCGUUGGAAAUCAAGGUUGUGGAAAAUGGGACAUUUGACAAGUUAAUGGACUAUGCUAUAAGUUUAGGUGCUUCAAUAAACCAGUACAAGACACCAAGGUGUGUGAAAUUUGCACCCAUUGUCGAGCUAUUGAAUUCAAGAGUCGUGUCAAGCUACUUUAGCCCAAAAUGCCCAAAAUGGGUUCCAGGCCACAAGCAAUGGAACAGCAUGAACUAAAAUUAAUUGAGGGCUAGCUAGCACAAGUUUCUUUUGAGGAUCAUUUUAGUGCUAGAGAUUAUUAAGAUUUAAGAUCAUCGUCCUGGUUAGGUUGACCCAAACCAAUUUUAUGGGGGUUCUUUUUUUCCCACUUUUUUCUAAGUAAAUCUUGGUAUUAAGGCUUUGUAGAAUUUAACCUGUCGUCCAUUAUGGUAGAAUCUUGAAAUUAGUCAUGUACAAAAAGAAAACAGUUCCUAUUCUAAAAAAAGCUUCUACCUUUCAUAAA